AUGUUUACAUUUAUAAGCCUGCUACGCUUUUCGGUACAGUAUUGUUCAUCGCUUCAGGAAAGGUGUAAACAGAGUGAAGGUGACAUAGAAUUGGAGGAGGAAAUAAUGGAGUUUAUGGAGAAAUCUGAGAAACCAACGAUGUUUCCGACGAAGGCAGAGUUGGUAAGAGCUGGUAGAAUGGAUUUGGUGAAGGCAAUAAAGAAGAGAGGUGGGUGGUAUUCACUUGGUUGGGAGGAUGAGGAUGAGGAUGAGGAUGAGAAAAAUUUGCGGGUGGAUGUAAAAGAAGCUAUGGAUUUUGACAUUGGAGAGUUUCAUAAGAGAGUUGAGAGUUGUAAAGAGAUUGCUGCUGUGGGAGAAAAUGAUGUCAAUUCUUUUUCUGGGGAUUCUUUGGUUGAAAGUGAAGAGAGACUAUCUUCUGGAGAUUCGAAUUCUUUGCAGCUGGCUUCGUCCUCGGGCAGAUCACCUGAAAUUGGGGCAGAGGAAGACACUGGAAUUGAGGGUAUAUUGAGUAGACUAGAGCAGCAGAGGAAUACUGAUUUUGGAAUUAAUUUAGGCAAAUAUGGAUCUCAAACUCAUUCCUCGAGUAAAGAUGAAAGGGAUGGUUGGCGUUUCCGAAUACCUAUAGAUGUAGACAGCGCUGAUGCUGUAAUGAAUAAUUCAGCAUCAGGAGGAAAGAUCACCUCCAAUAUUCAGCCAGAAACAUGGAGACCUCGGAACAUUCAGGAAGGCUUCCAAGAUACCAAAUUUGAAGCCGCUGAGGUUUCAUACAGCAAAAAUCAAGUGGUACAAAAUAAAGAAGCUGUAAACAAUGGUAUAACUGCAAGUAUAGAGAAUAUCCCUGCUCUGGAUAGAUGUGAUAUCAAUCACAAUCAGAUACGAACUCGUCUUCAGCACCUCGAAUGUGAGCUUAACACAGCUCUUCAUUCCUUGAGGUCUAAAAGAGAGGAGUACGUAUUAAACGAGGUUAGUGAAAGCUCCUCCAGUAGUUUGCAAAACCUUUCAGAUGCAUGGGAGUUCCAAGAGAACGAGCACAUGAAUGCCCAGGAGAGAUUGCGGUCAAUACGAGCAAAACUUGCUGUAUUAGAGGGGAAAAUGGCAUUAGCAAUAAUUGAUGCACAGAGGAUAGUGGAAGAGAAGCAGAAGAGGAUCGAUGGCGCCCAUAAAGCUUUGCAACUUAUUCGUACUGCCUGCAUAGUUUGGCCUAAUUCAGCUUCAGAGGUUCUCUUAACAGGUUCUUUCGAUGGUUGGACAACUAAGAGAAAGAUGGAGAAAUCAGGGACAGGCAUCUUCUCGGUGUGCCUAAAGCUGUAUCCGGGUAAAUACGAGAUCAAGUUUAUUGUUGAUGGCGUAUGGAGAGUUGAUCCUCUACGCCCCAUUGUCCACAAUAAUGAAUAUGAAAACAACCUUCUUAUUAUCACAUGA